GUGGCAGUUGGAUAGGACACUAAGUGGGAACCAAUACGUCCUCUAGUGUCGUAUAACUGCUGUCCGAAUUAAGCGCUCAGUAGUGUCUUACUGGCUCUUUAUCGCAGUUAACACUCUCCGAGUCGACCGUAGCUCUGAUAGAGCUUUUCCAGUAAUAAAUUGUUUGAUAAAGUUUUCACAGAGAUUAUCGCCGAAGUAUCCGCUCAAUUAUCUCGAAAACACGCAUAACGUGCCCCAGCUGGGUCUGAGUCAGCAAGCGUUCAGUCAAAGUGAUACGCGUUAGCAUAGUCAGACUCGCUGCAAAUUCUGUUCAAUUCGAGGCCAGAUAAUGUCCAAUUUAAGGACGAAAAAUGCGCGAAUCCUUCAAACGCUUAAAGUGCACACGAGUGAUGUCACCUCAAUGGAGUUCUGGGGCAAUACCCUGUUAGCAACAGGUUCCAGUGAUAAAACCGUUCGUAUAUGGAAGUGGACAGUAGGGGAAGGAUUUGUGGAAGAAGAUUUCUCUCCAUUAUUGGGACACAAAUAUGGAGUAACCUGUGUUCGAAUUUCACCACAAGGCGGCGUUUUGGCAUCAUCAUCCAUAGAUGGUACUAUCAAUCUUUGGGACAUCACAACAGGCGAGAGAACUGGAUCGAUUUAUCAAGAAAAUAGCGAGCCUAUCCGAGCUUGCUUAUUUAGCCCCGAUGGAUUUGCAAUGGCUUCAGCAGAUGACACUGGCAGCGUGUGCAUAUGGGGAAAGGACAGAAGUUUAUUGAAGACUUUGAAACUACAUGAGGAAGCAGUGCACACAAUUGCCUUUUCAGCAGAUUCAAAUGUUCUUCUGACGGCUUGCACAAUAGGAAAUGUGAGGAUUUCACCAAUCGACAGUACAGCCGAAGGCACAGAGGCUAUCUGCUCGAUUGACAACGCACAUGACCUGGGAGUUCUCUCGGCUGACUUCUGCAAAAUCAUCAAUAAUGAUCCUUUAGAUAGCCAAACGCUCAUCUAUACAGCAGCAACAUGUGGGACAGACCACUUUAUCAAGCUAUGGCGUUUCUAUUUUAAACAAAGUUCAAGUUGCGGUAGCGGAUGCAAGUCGUCGAGACUAGUUCCGCAAACUCCUUCAGCACAUAUCUCAGGAUCAUCUACUAUUUAUAGUACGGAGUCAAUGAAUGCUGAAUGUGUCCUCACAAUUCAAGCUCAUGGAAGUUCGGUAACAUGUGUUAGGUUUAACGCGCAGGGAACAUAUCUGGUCAGCUCCAGCUUGGACAAAACGUUGAGAAUAUGGGACCUUCAGGGCAAUUGCAUUAAAACUCUAGCCGAGCACACUCGGUAUGUCAAUUGUCUCUCCAUCAAUCUUUCGUCAACGAUAAUUGCAUCAGGAUCAAACGACAGAACUAUUAUUAUUUGGGACACCACUUCCUCUUUGACUGUCGAUUCACAUCUAUCAGAUCCAUCAACAUUGGUCCUUGAUUUGGCAUCUAAGCAAACCGAUAUUCCAUUGGAAUUGAUCUGCCCAAUCACACAUGAACUCAUGAGAGAACCAGUUACUGCUGAGGAUGGAUUCACAUACGAAAGGGAUGCUAUCCUGAGUUGGUUUGAUCGAGGAAAAGUGACUUCACCAAUGACAAAUGAGGAGCUACCCAACUUGGACUUGGUAGACAAUGAUGAGAUAAAGCAGCAAAUUGACGAGUUUCUAAAGUCAAUUGACUUUGAUAGUUUUAAUGAAUAGGAUCUGAAAGAUCCUUAACAUUUGCCCUUCAGGCCAAAAAAAUGUUAAAUACUCUCCCCUUUAAUGUAUAAAUACGUGUAUCAGAUUUAAACAUUCGAUUUAUUCUACUAAAAAUCGUCCUCAUUUAAUAGUAGUGGUAUUAAGUCUACUUCUACUUCGCGGCAUACCUGGAUCCAAUUUGGCGUGAAAGUCUUGCAAGACCACCUUUUCCUUCAUUAAACAUGUACCAAAAUUAGAGGUUUACAUAUAUGUUAUAUAUUGAUAAGUUUCCUGGUUAGAAAAUUUAUGUGCGAACACUAACAAUCCAUUAAGCCCGAAACAUUUUAGGAUCUGUUUAUAUUUAAUGUUGAAUAUAUGCACAUAUAUCAAUUUUUACAUAAAUAAGCUCUAGACGAGUUCCAGCUUAUCAGAAACUGAUAAGACUGAGAAAAACGAUCAAUGGUUUCAUAGUGCCAUAAAACAGUUGUCGGUCAAUUGCCUAAUAUGGAUAUGUAUUUAUUUCAUUUCUUUUCGAUAUCAAUAUUCACAUACACAUAUACAUUAAAAAUUUUGAGAAGUUUUGUUGGAAGUUGUACAUUGGUUUUGGUUGAUUUGUGAAAAUCCUCUACUUAAUAAAGACAAAUGAUGUGUGAUUGAA